UGCUCCAUCUGGAGAAGCCAUGGCUCUAAUUCUGAUGCAGGUGUUCUUCACUGUGAUAGGUGCUAGUGGAAACAUAUGGAGUGUGAUCAACACGGCGCCGAGCAUAUUCUUGUUUGCUUUGGUCCAAAUUGGGACACACCUUGCUGUGAUAUUGGGUGUAGGGAAGCUGCUCAACAUUGAGCUAAGGUUGCUGCUUUUGGCAUCAAAUGCUAAUGUUGGAGGACCUACUACUGCAGCUGGAAUGGCCACGGCAAAGGGAUGGAACUCGUUGAUCGUUCCCGGGAUUUUGGCUGGAAUAUUUGGGAUUGCCAUUGCAACCUUCAUAGGGAUUGCAUUUGGAGUGAAAGUCCUCAAGUUCAUGUGA